AGGAAAGAGGAGAGGAUGGAAGAAGGGAACAGACGAGACAGAGCAGUGGCGGCGGUGGCGGCUCUUUACAGAGGGUUCGAUCCUGAAGCGUACCUGAAGUACAACUACACUCCACCACGCGCAGACUUCAGCCGGGCAGACAGCAUCGUGCCGUGGAAGCUGAACUGCCUCCAUAAAGCGUUCAGAGAAGAUGCCAUUAAAGGAGACGUUCUGGUGGACAUUGGCUCCGGUCCGACUCUCUACCAGGUGAUGAGCGGCUGUGAACAUUUUAAACGAGUCAUUUUAUCAGAUUUCUUGGAAGUGAAUCGGAAACAUCUAAACAAAUGGCUGAAGGAUGGACAGAGCAGCUUCGACUGGACCCCUUACCUGAAAUACGUGUGUGAGCUGGAGGGACGCGGUUCCUCAGCAUGGAGAGAGAAGGCAGAGAGGCUUCGUUCGGUCGUGACUGACAUUUUCCCCGUCAACGUUCACCACUCGUUCCCGUUCCCAUCCGGAUCUCUGCCUGCCUCCAGUGCCGACUGCCUCGUGUCCUCGUUCUGCCUCGAAAGCGUGAGUCCCGAUGUUUCCUCGUUCACUCAGUCGCUGCGUAACGUGUCCAGCCUCCUGCGUAGUGGCGGUCACCUCCUGCUGAUCGGGGCUCUGGGGGAGAGCUUUUACAUGGCAGCUCCCGAUGUUCGGAUCCCCGUCGUGCCACUGGAUGAGGCUCAGGUCUGUGCGAGUCUGAGCGCUAGUGGCUUCGAUCUCCUGCAGCUCAGUGUGUAUCGUUUACCACCAGACAUGCUGGUUGGAGUAGAUGACACCAAAGGCGUGUUCUUCGCUAAAGCUAGGAAACCCUGA